AUGAGUGAUAUAGUCGUUAUUAGAACAGUUAAGGAGCUGAGAGAAUGGAAGAGACAAAUCGCUGGUGGAUCUGUUGGGUUUAUACCAACUAUGGGAGCUUUGCAUCAAGGUCAUCUCUCUUUAGUCUCUGAAAGUUUAAGAAGAAAUGAUAGAACAGUUGUUUCCAUAUUUGUUAACCCUUCACAGUUCGCUCCUGGUGAAGAUUUAGAUUCUUAUCCUAGAACUUUUGAUCAAGAUUACUCAAUUUUAUCAAGUGUGGAAAUUGAAGGUAGAAAAGUUGAUGUAAUCUUUGCUCCAACUGUGACCGAGAUGUAUCCAUCAGGUAUCGAUCUAGACACAACAAAGCAAAAAGGUGCUUUCGUUUCAGUAUUGGGAGUUAGUGAACAAUUAGAAGGUAAGACUCGUCCAAAUUUCUUUCGUGGUGUUGCAACUGUUGUUACAAAAUUGUUUAAUGCUGUUCAACCUGAUUUUGCAUAUUUUGGCCAAAAAGAUAUUCAACAAACUAUUGUUUUGAAAAGAAUGGUUAAAGAUUUGUUAUUACCUGUGGAAAUUGUUGUCAUGCCUAUUAUUAGAGAAGAUACUGGAUUAGCACUAAGUUCAAGAAACACGUAUCUUUCUCAAGAUACUAGAUCCAAAAGUUCAAUGAUUUAUAAAGCAUUACAAGCUGGUGUCCAUUAUUAUAAUGAUAAAAAGGCACCAGUAGAGAGAGGUGAAAUCAUUCGUCAAGUUACAGAUGGAUUAAAAGAUCCAUUAUUCAAGAUUGAUUAUGUUUCAGUUGCUGAUAAAGAAGAACUACAAGAAUUGGACGUAGUGGUCCCUGGUAAAGGUGCUGUUAUUAGCACUGCAGUUUAUGUUACAGAAAAUGGCCUUACAGUUAGACUCAUAGAUAAUGUUAUGCUUAAUUAA